AUGGUGUUCCUGUUGAUGAGUACAGUCGUUAACUCUUACUGCUUAGAUGGUCGAGUUGAUUUGGGGUUCUCUCUUUUGGCAACCUUAUUCAAGAGUGGGCUUGUGCCUGAUGUGGUCAGCUUUAACACUACACUUAAUGGAUUUAUAAAUUUGUGUGAACCCAACAAGGUGACAUUUGGAAUUGUGAUUGAUGGCACCCGUAUUGAUGCACUGUGCAAGGAUAAAAUGGUUGAUCUAGCUCUUUGUCUUUGGCACGGGAUGAUUGAUAUGGGCAUUGCUCCAGAUAUUGUGGCGUACAGUAGCUUAUGUCAGGGCUUUUGUAAUUUAGAAAAAUGGAAUGAGGCAAAAUAUUGUUUGACUGAGAUUAGUUUUGUCAUGGUUAAGAAAGCUGAGACUUCUGAGGUAGUCACAUACAAUAUGUUGAUGGAUGGAUACCGUUCACUAAGCCAAAUUGAUGAUGCAAGAAGAGUGUUUGAUGUCAUACUCGCUGAUGGUCUCCUUCCUGACAUGAUCUCCUACAAUAUUUCGAUGCAAGCGUACUUUGAUGGAAGUAACUUUGAGGGCAUAUGCUCCAUGAAAUUCAAAAUUUGGGCUAAAUUCCUUUAA